AUGUCUUAUGAUUAUCAUGGGAUUAUCCUGAUCAUUUUUCUUUUAUUAAAAUCAACUUAUUCAUAUUGGAAUGUAUCAUAUUAUAAUCUAACAUUUGGUCAUAUUGAAAAUUUAAAUUUCUAUUUGGGUGAAUCUCAACCAAACAAUAUCUCAUGUUCAUGGUUAAUUAAUAAUGAAAAUAAAGAAUUAAUUCAAUCGUAUUAUGUUAUUUCAUUACGUUUAAUUGAAAUCGAAUAUGAUCAUAAUCAAUCAUCAAAUGAAUUAGUAUUAAAAACAGAUUCAAGAGAAAUAAUUCUUAAUGAUAUUAAUCAACGAAUCUAUUCUAUACCAUCAUUAUCAUCAAAAUUAGAAGUUUCAUUUCGACCAAGAACACAAUCAAUUAGUUUAAAUAUUCAUCGUUUUUUACUUGAAUAUUCUCAUGUAAAUAAUUAUGAUGAUAAUAAUGAUUAUUUUCAUUGCUUAAAAAGUGGUUUAAUAAUACCAAAACAAUGGAAAUGUAAUUGUUUAUAUGAAUGUUUAUUAGAUGAUUACAGUGAUGAAGAGAAUUGUCCAAUAUGUUCAAUUGUUAAACCAUCAAAUAGUUUAUUAUGUCAUUCAAAUGAAAUUUGGUGUUUACCAAUGACAAAUCAUUCGAAUAAAAUUGAUCCUAAAGGUGUUUGCAUUCCACAUGAUCAAUCAUCUCAAUGUUCGUAUUCUUCAAAUUGUGAAACAAUAAUUUCAUAUUAUCAAACUCAUGGUGAAAUUUCCCUUGAUAAUUCCAUGCUUUCUAAUCGUGAAUCAUUAUGUCUUAUAAUAAUUGCUGAUGAAAAACAUAAAAUAAAAUUAAUUAUAAAUCAAUAUAAAUUUCUUAAUCAACGUCCUGAUUUAGAAUUCUUAGUUUAUGAUGGUAGUGAACAAGAUAAUCAUCUACUUAUAUCAUCAAAUUCGUUAUUAAUGAAACAAAUUGUACAAACAAAUCAAAAUCAUAUUGCAACAAUAAUUAUACGAAAACAUUCAAAACAAAAUCAAAAUUUACCUAUACCUAUUAGACAAAAUAAUAUUUUAUUAAAUAUAACAUGGUUAACAAGUUUAUGUCCAGAUGAUCAAAUGGUUUGUGGUGGACAUUAUGAAUUAAAAUGUUAUACAAAUGAACAACGAUGUGAUGGUAUUUGGGAUUGUAUAAGUGGUGAUGAUGAAUUAGGUUGCUUUCCAGCAUCAUGUCCAACAACAUUUGCAUGUAAUGAUCCAUUACGUUUACCAUCAGAUCAACCAAGAUGUUAUACAUGGUAUGAACGUUGUAAUGGUAAUGCAUUUUGUGCAAAUCGUACAGAUGAAAGAAAUUGUACGAAUUGGUGGUGUAAUUCAAAUAAUGGAACUUUUCUUUGUAAAAAUUUGAAUUGUAUUUAUGAAACAUGGGUUUGUGAUGGUACCGAUGAUUGUGGUGAUAAUUCUGAUGAAAAAAAAUGUCCAGCUCGUAUUCCUCGUCGAAUAAUGACAGCUGCGGUUAUUGGUGCUACUAUUUGUUCUACAUUAUUUAUAAUAGCACUUGGAUGUACUUGUAAACUUUUUCAUUUACGUUCAGCUGAACGACGUGCUUCAUAUCGUUUAUUAAAUCCACAACGAUAUAUUGAACAACGACGAGAAGAACUUCAACGAUCAUCAAAUGAUGAUACAACAAUUAUAUCAAAUGAAACUCGACGUAUAGCACCACCAUCAUAUAAUCAAACAAUGGGUUUUUCAGAUGAUAAUGAAGAAAGACAAGCAUUUCUAGCGGAACAUUUAAGACUCGCUGGUUUAGCUAAUUUUAUACCAGUGCCAUCGAUACAUUUAAAUUCAAGAACAUCAAGGCAUCGAAAUCGAAGACAUCGUCGACAUCGACGUCAUCGUCAUCAUCAUCGACGAGGAGAAAGUGAAAAUUCUCAUACUGCUUUAAUUGACCCAUCUAUUACGCACUCAAAUCCUAUCACUUCUGUUCCGUCCAUAAAUCGCUUUGAUCGUUUUCGUUCUCAAUUUCGUUCAUUAUUUACGACAAAUCUUUCAAUUAAUAAUAACCGUAUUUCACCAAAUAAUGUUGAGGCACAUGAACAUCGUAUUCCAACACAGUCGAUUGGUCUUACAGCACAAUCGUGUAUUCAAUCUCGAGAACUUCCACCACCUUAUACUGAAGAACGAUUAUCAUCUCUUCGUUAUGAAAAUGAUCUACAAUCCUUGACAUCUGCUCCGACUACUACUUCAUCUUCAACAUUGAUUCGUAUUCGUAAGCAACAUAUACCAUUAAAUACAAUGCGAGAUCAUUUAGAACAACAACAACAACAGCAACCACAAUCUCAAACUUCAUCAUUAUCGGCACGUCUAACUUCGAUUGAGGAUGAACUAGCAAGUAGUGAUGAUGAUGAUAAAAUGUUAGUGCCUUAA